AUGGCGGAGGCGGGCGGCGGGGCCGCGGCCGGGGCGGCGGGAGGCGGCGGGCCGCAGCAGGGCUCCCCGGCCGCCGGGGGGGUGGCGGCCGCCGCCGCCGGGGGUCCGGCCCGUAAUGCCGCCGAGAGCCCCGGGGGGCCCGGCUCGGCGCGCACGGCCGGGAAGAAGGCGCAGCUGCGCGCGGCUCCGCGGGCCAAGAAGCUGGAGAAGCUGGGCGUCUACUCCGCUUGCAAGGCUGAGGAAUCGUGUAAAUGCAAUGGCUGGAAGAACCCCAACCCACCUCCCACACCCCCUCGGGCAGACCUGCAGCAGGCAGUUGUGAGCCUUACUGAGCCGUGCCGCAGCUGCAGUCACACACUAGCUGCUCACGUUUCCCACCUGGAGAAUGUGUCUGAAGAAGAAAUGAAUAGGCUGCUGGGGAUUGUACUGGAUGUGGAGUAUCUGUUCACCUGCGUCCAUAAAGAAGAAGAUGCAGACACCAAGCAGGUUUAUUUCUACCUGUUCAAACUUUUGAGGAAGUGCAUUUUACAGAUGGGAAAACCUGUUAUUGAAGGAUCUUUGGAAAGUCCCCCAUUUGAGAAGCCUAGCAUUGAGCAGGGUGUGAAUAAUUUUGUGCAGUACAAAUUUAGCCACUUACCCUCAAAGGAAAGGCAGACAAUAGUGGAACUGGCUAAAAUGUUUCUGAACCGCAUUAACUACUGGCACUUGGAGACACCUUCUCAACGAAGACUAAGAUCACCCAAUGAUGAUAUUGCAGGGUAUAAAGUGAAUUAUACCAGGUGGCUUUGUUACUGCAAUGUCCCUCAGUUCUGUGAUAGUCUACCUCGAUAUGAAACCACACAGGUUUUCGGCAGGACAUUGCUUCGCUCCGUUUUUACUGUAAUGAGACGGCAACUGCUGGAGCAGGCCAGGCAAGAGAAAGACAAGCUUCCUCAAGAGAAACGGACACUAAUCCUCACCCAUUUCCCAAAGUUUCUGUCAAUGCUGGAAGAAGAAGUGUACAGCCCAAAUUCUCCUAUUUGGGAUCAGGAUUUCAUGGUGUCUACUUCUCGAACUGGCCAGCUGGGAAUCCAGACAGUUAUCAAUCCUCCUCCUGUUGCAAGAUCUGUUUCAUAUUGUGCAAGCCCGUCAUCUCUGGAGCAACCCAACAGUGGAAAUAUGAGUCCUGCUUGCAAAGUUUCUUCAGUCCUUGAUCCAAACUUAGGGGAAAAGAGAAAAAAUAACGAACCAUAUUCUCUGGAGGACUCGAAAAGACCAAGGGUUGUAGGAGAUAUUCCUAUUGAGUUGAUCAAUGAAGUGAUGUCAACAAUUACAGAUCCUGCGGCAAUGCUUGGGCCAGAGACCAACUUCCUCUCGGCACAUUCAGCCCGGGAUGAGGCAGCAAGACUGGAAGAGCGCAGGGGGGUGAUUGAAUUCCACGUGGUUGGGAACUCCCUGAACCAGAAGCCAAACAAGAAGAUCAUGAUGUGGCUGGUUGGUUUGCAGAACGUGUUCUCCCAUCAGCUCCCUCGAAUGCCAAAGGAGUACAUCACACGCUUGGUUUUUGAUCCGAAACACAAGACUCUUGCAUUAAUAAAAGAUGGUCGAGUUAUUGGCGGUAUCUGCUUCCGAAUGUUCCCUUCCCAAGGAUUUACAGAGAUCGUUUUCUGUGCUGUGACUUCCAAUGAGCAAGUCAAGGGUUAUGGAACUCACCUGAUGAACCACUUGAAGGAGUACCACAUCAAACACAACAUUCUCAACUUUCUCACAUACGCAGAUGAAUAUGCUAUUGGCUACUUCAAAAAACAAGGUUUUUCCAAAGAUAUUAAAGUACCAAAAGCAAAAUAUGUUGGCUACAUCAAAGAUUAUGAGGGUGCCACAUUAAUGGGAUGUGAAUUAAAUCCAAGGAUUCCCUACACAGAAUUUUCGGUCAUCAUUAAGAAACAAAAGGAGAUCAUUAAAAAGCUCAUAGAAAGGAAACAAGCUCAGAUUCGAAAAGUUUAUCCUGGCCUUUCUUGCUUCAAAGAUGGAGUACGACAGAUUCCUAUAGAAAGCAUCCCUGGAAUUAGAGAGACUGGCUGGAAACCAAGCGGAAAAGAAAGAGGUAAAGAGCCCAAGGAUCCAGAUCAACUUUACAGCACAUUAAAAACCAUCCUGCAGCAGGUGAAGAGCCAUCAAAGCGCUUGGCCCUUCAUGGAACCUGUGAAGAGAACAGAAGCUCCUGGAUAUUAUGAAGUUAUAAGGUUUCCCAUGGAUCUCAAAACAAUGAGUGAGCGACUCAAGAAUAGGUACUACGUGUCUAAGAAAUUAUUCAUGGCAGACUUGCAGCGAGUCUUUACAAAUUGCAGAGAGUACAACCCCCCCGAGAGUGAAUACUACAAAUGUGCCAAUAUACUGGAGAAAUUCUUCUAUACAAAAAUUAAAGAAGCCGGAUUGAUUGAUAAGUGACACUUUUCUUUUAUUUUUAAACAACCAAACCAAUCAGCGUGCCUACUUUAUGGGCAGGGGAAGCCAUUAUAUAUCUGAGUUGUGGGACUAUAAGGUUUUGAAAAACUUCUGUUUAAUGAUCAGCACUUUUAAAAACCCUUUCAGUUUUGCAAACAUGUAUUAUAAUGAAGUUACAAAAAUUAUUUUAUUAAAAUGCUUUAUAAUGUAUUUAAUUAUUGAUUUUUUUUGUGUUCCCACUACCGUAUGUUCAUCAUAACCUUCCCAGCAUCAGAAAAACUACAAAAUAUGGGAAGUUGGACUUGUUUGGGAAUCUGAAGAAAAUUCCCAGACAAUUAAUGUUGUGGCUUAUCUAAUGCAGUAACUACUUGAAAAACUUUAUGAUUUUUUUCCCCAUUAAAAAGAAAACACAGUAAGGGAGAACAAAGGGAGGGAGGGAAUAUCUGAGACACUUAUUUCAUUGUAGGAUCUUUUUAUAAUAUAUUAUUUUUUAAAAGAAACAC